AUGCGGUUGCUUGCACGAUUGCCUCGCCUGGCGGCGGUGAGAAGUGGAGCUGCAAAGCGGAUUGGGUCGGCACAUGACACACAGCUUCUCCGACCUUUGACAUGUUUGGAAGGUGGUAGAUACCUCACCUCGACGGCGCAAAAACAACAAACACACAGCCCCGCUCCGUCGACUCGAGCAACAUCUACAAGAACGCCGAGACCGCAGCCAAGAGAAAGAAUAGGCGUCAGGACAGCAAGAGCCCAGUUCGCCACUAUGCAUCGCGCACCUGCAGCCAUGGUGACUAAGCCGUUGACCGAUCCGAAUAUCGAGAUCAGGACCCCCAGGGACUCGAAUACGCUCUCUAACUAUCACAACUUCCUUACCAAGCACACGAGUGUGGACUUUGAGAUCGACUUCGAGCACAAGAUCCUGAGUGGUGCGGUGGGUCUUGAUUUGGAGAGCUUGACUGACGAGGAUGUGAAGGAGAUUGUCUUGGACAGCAGCUUCCUGGAUAUCUCAGAAGUCAAGGUCGAUGGAAAGACCGCCAAGUUUGAGGUUGGCGAUCGCAUCGAGCCCUAUGGCGCUCCUCUGCGCAUCGCUCUGCCAUCAUCUAUUCCCAAAGGCAAGAUCGUAAGCCUGGUCAUUGCUGUCUCGACUACCGACAAGUGCACUGCGCUUCAAUGGAUGACGCCUGCCCAGACUUCCAACAAGAAACACCCGUACUUUUUCAGCCAGUGCCAGGCCAUUCAUGCCCGUUCCGUGUUCCCCUGUCAAGACACGCCGGAUGUGAAGUCGACGUUCAGCUUCUCCCUCCGUUCGCCGCUCCCUGUGCUUGCCUCAGGUCUGCCGACUGGCGCGAGCGACUACCAUCCGCCGAAGAAGGAUGGCGAGCAGGGUACGCUAAAGUACACUUUCGAGCAGAAGGUGCCGAUCAACAGCUACCUCUUCGCGGUCGCGAGUGGCGAUCUAGCAUGCGCCAGCAUCGGUCCCCGAAGCACGGUCUGGACCGGCCCUGAGGAGCUUCUGGCAUGCCAGCAGGAGUUGGACGGUGAGAUUGAGCCUUUCAUGAAGGCCAUUGAGUCGAUUAUCGCUCCCAAGUACCAGUGGACGCAAUACAACAUCCUCAUCCUCCCGCCCUCCUUCCCGUACGGCGGCAUGGAGAACCCAGUCUGGACGUACGCUACCCCUUCCAUCAUCUCUGGCGACAAGCAAAACAUCGACGUCAUCGCCCACGAACUCUCGCACUCGUGGUCCGGCAACCUCGUCUCGUGCGCCAGCUGGGAGCACUUCUGGCUCAACGAGGGCUGGACGACGUAUCUCGAGCGCCGCAUCCAGGCCUACAUCCACGGCGAGCCGCACCGCCACUUCUCCGCCAUCAUCGGCUGGAAGGCGCUGGAGGAGAGCAUUGAGCGCUACGGCGCGGAUCACGAGUACACCAAGCUCAUCACCAACCUCAAGGGCCAAGACCCAGAUGACGCAUUCAGCUCGGUGCCGUACGAGAAGGGCUUCCACGCGCUCUACCAAUUCGAGCUGCUCCUCGGCGCAAAGAAAUGGGACACGUUCAUCCCACACUACUUCUCCACCUUUGCUAACAAAUCUCUCGACAGCUACGACUUCAAAGCAUGCCUCAUUGACUUCUUCGCCAACGACGCCGAAUCCGCCAAGAAGCUCGCAGCCUUUGACUGGGACAAGCUCUUCUACGCCCCCGGCUACCCACCCAAGCCAACUUUCGACGACACACUCGUCAAAUCCUGCUACGAGCUCGCCUCGAAAUGGGAAACCCACCUCUCCGGCGACAAGAACCCCGACGCCUCAUCCCCAUUUACGCCCCAGCCCUCCGACAUCGACGGCUGGGUCUCAAACCAAUCCGUCGUCUUCCUCGAACGCCUCCAAUCCUCCAAAUCCACCUUCUCCGCAUCCGCAAUCUACCUCCUCGGCGCCACGUACGGCUACAGCCAGACGGCCAACAUCGAAGUGCUAAGCCGCUUCCUAUGCCUGGGCCUGCAAUCCCACGCGCCGGAGACGUACACGCCUGCAUCCGAGCUGCUGGGCCGCAUUGGCCGCAUGAAGUUUGUGCGCCCGCUGUUCCGGCUGCUAGAGAAGGCGGAUCGCGCGUUGGCGGUGCGCACGUUUGAGAAGAACAGGGAUUUCUACCACCCAAUUUGCCGACAGAUGGUGGAGAAGGAUCUGUUUAGUGACAAGUAG